CGGUCCCGCCCGCCCACACUGCCCGACCCCGGCCGCGCGCCUGGCCCCCGUGGCCCCAGUCUGACCCGGAGGCCCGAGUGGGGCCCAGCAACACCAGGGCAGCCUGCGCUGGUUACUGUGAUGCGACCUGGUGUGACACUGCCCUUCCGGCACCUGGUCUGGUGUCUGGCCUCCUGCCGACAGGCCCCUUGGAGACACAGAGGAUGUGGCCUCCUACACACAGCCCCCGCUGCCCGCCCGGAGGGGGCUGCCCCAGUGUUUGCACGAGCCCUGGCGUUUGGGGACAGAAUCGCCCUGGUUGACCAACAUGGCUGCCACACCUACAGGGACCUGUAUACCCGCAGCCUUCACCUGUCCCAGGAGAUCUGCAAACUCCGGGGCUGUGUGGAUGGCGACCUCCGGGAGGAGAGAGUCUCCUUCCUGUGCUCCAACGAUGCCUCUUACGUCAUUGCCCAGUGGGCGUCAUGGAUGAGCGGUGGCAUUGCUGUCCCUCUCUACCGGAAGCACCCUGCGGCCCAGCUGGAGUACUUCAUCCGGGACUCAAGGAGCAGCCUCGUCGUGGCGGGCCAGGAGUACUCAGAGCUGCUAGGCCCAGUGGUCAGGAGGCUGGGGGUCCCGCUCCUGACUCUGACUCCUGCCGUCUACCACGAGGCCGCAGAAGGGACCACGGAGGCGCAGGUGCCAGACCGGGUAUGGCAAGACCGUGGAGCCGUGAUUUUCUACACCAGUGGGACCACGGGGAGCCCCAAGGGUGUCCUGAGCACCCACCGCAACCUUGCAGCUGUGGUGACUGGGCUGGUCCACGCCUGGGCCUGGACGAAAGAUGACGUGAUCCUCCAUGUCCUCCCCCUGCACCACGUCCACGGUGUGGUCAACAAGCUGCUCUGCCCACUCUGGGUGGGAGCCACCUGCGUGAUGCUGCCCGAGUUCAGUGCCCAACAGGUCUGGGAGAAGUUCUUAAGUUCUGAGACUCCACGGAUUAAUAUGUUUAUGGCAGUGCCUACGAUAUACAGCAAACUGAUGGAGUACUACGACAGACAUUUCACCCAGCCUCACGUCCAGGACUUUGUGCGUGCAGUUUGUGAAGAAAGAAUUAGGCUGAUGGUGUCGGGCUCGGCUGCCCUGCCCGUGCCCGUGCUGGAGAGGUGGAAGAGCGCCACGGGCCACACGCUGCUGGAGCGCUACGGCAUGACCGAGAUCGGCAUGGCCCUGUCCAACCCGCUGGCCGCGGCUCGCCUGCCAGGCUCCGUGGGGUCUCCACUGCCAGGAGUGGAGGUACGCAUUGUCUCAGAGAGCCCGCAGAAGGAGGGCCUCUCCUACACCAUCUACGCGGAGGGAAAUGAGCUGGGGACCAAGGUGACCCCAGGGUUGGAAGAGAAGGAAGGGGAGCUGCUGGUCAGGGGUCCCUCUGUGUUUCGAGAGUACUGGGAUAAGCCAGAAGAAACGAAGAAGGCGUUCACCUCAGAUGGCUGGUUUAGAACAGGGGACACCGCUGUGUUCAAGGACGGCAGGUACUGGAUUCGAGGCCGGACCUCAGUGGACAUCAUCAAGACGGGAGGCUAUAAAGUCAGUGCCCUGGAGAUCGAGCGGCACCUGCUGGCCCACCCCAGUAUCACUGAUGUGGCUGUGAUUGGAGUUCCAGAUGUGACAUGGGGCCAGCGCGUCACAGCUGUGGUGUCCCUUCAAGAGGGACACUCACUGUCCCAUGGAGAUCUCAAGGAGUGGGCCAGGCUGUGCUUGUCCCACAGAGGCCUCUUGGCCCCCUAUGCUGUGCCUUCCGAGCUCCUGCUGGUGGAAGCCAUCCCAAGGAACCAGAUGGGCAAGGUCAACAAGAAGGACCUGGUCAGGCAGUUCUACUCAUGACUGGGGGGGCGGGGGGAGCAGCCAGGCCCAGCCCUGGCGGUGGCGGCGGGC